AUGGCUUCAAAUGUUCCCUCACUUUCACCUGCAACAAGAAAGAAGAAAAGUUUAUCGAUCAAGGACAAAAUUGACAUAAUGACAGCAGUGGAAUGUGGCAUACAGAAGUCAGAUAUUGCUGCAAAAUAUGGCAUAAAGAAAAAUUCUCUGUCUUCCAUUUUGAAGAGCAAAGAUAGAAUUUUAGAAGCCUUCGAAUCUCUGCAAUUUGAUCCGAAAAGAAAAAGGUUAAGAACUGCAUUUUAUACUGAUCUUGAAGAGGAGCUCGUGAAGUGGUGCAGAAUGGCGCAGGGCUUGAAUGUAACAAUCAGUGGACCAAUGUUACGUCUCAGAGCUAACAAUAUUGCUCAGAAACUUGGACACAGCGAUUUCAAAUGCAGCAAUGGCUGGCUGGAUCGUUUUAAAUCAAGGUAUGGAUUAUCAUUCAGAUUGCAGCGUAUAUUAUCUGUUCCUGCUGCUCCUUCAAAUGUUUGGUAUCAAAACAUUCUUCCUUACUACUUAAAGGUUUAUCAACCCAAUGAUAUAUUUAAUAUGAAUGAAACAGGAUUGUUUUAUCAGCAGUUACCUAUUAAUUCCUUUGCAUUUAAAGGAGAAGAUUGCUCAGUAGGAAAAUUAAACAAGGACAGAAUAACUGUUGUGGUUGGCACUAAUAUGGAUGCUUCAGAAAAACUUCCUUUGCUUGUCAUUGGGAAAAACAAAACUCCCCCUUGCUUUCAAGGUGUAAAGUCACUGCCUGUGGAAUACCAGGCAAAUGCUAUGGCGUGGAUAACUUUGGAGGUGUUUGAGCAAUGGGUAUGCAAGCUUGACAGGAGAUUUCAAGCACAGGAGCGGCGAGUUGUCAUUUUUGUAGACCCUUUUCCAGUUCACCCAGAAGUAAAACAUUUGAAGUCCAUCAGGCUUGUUUUCUUUCCAUCUUUCUCAUGCUCCAGAUUCUCAGCAAUGAAACACGGGAUUAUCAAGAGUCUGAAAAUCAAAUACUGGUACCUUCUUCUGAAAAGAUUUAUAGAAGGUGGUAAGGAAUUCAAAUUGUCUUUGCUUGAUGCAGUGGAUAUGUUGCAUCUCUGUUGGAGAGCAGUGCCUCCAGAGACUAUUGUAAAAAGCUAUAGAGAAGUAGGGUUUAGAUCACAAGCAGACAUUUUAGAUGUUAAUCCAAAAACUGAAAGUAAUCUAGAUUUGGCUGAGUAUGCAUUGGCUGCUGGAGUAGAGCUUCCAAAAAGCUUGUCUUUGGAAAAAUAUGCAGCUUUAAAUGAAGACCUGCAUACCUGUGAAAUGACCCCAAAUAGUGAAAGUUUCUGGACAAAAACAUGCACUACAAAUGAAAUUUAUGAAGAGUCUGAAAGUGAUGAGUUUCCAGGAGCUGAACACCCAUUACCAUCCAAGAAUGAGGCCCUUACUGCUUUAAGCACACUUCGCAGAUUUCUUAGAAGUCAAGACUUGAAUGAGUCUCUUCAUAACUCUCUGGCAGAUUUAGAGAACUAUAUACAGUUUGCAGCAUCUACAUAA